AUCAUCUAACUUGUGAUUGGUCGAUGGCCCAGGACAAUAUGAAUGGCAACAUGUAUUGUUCGACUUCUUCCCAAGACACUCGCAACUUUGUGGUUGUGAACUCCGGACCAGUGUUGAGGUGUCACAGGAACAAUCCGCUCUUCACCUGAGCUUUACCUGGCUUGAGAUGGGGGAUCCAGAGCCUCCGGAGUUUGAGUCCCUGGAAGAAGAGCUGGAGUACUGGAGGGAACAGGCUGCCAAGCACCAACAGAGUGCAGAGGAAGCCCAGGAGGAGCUGCAGGAGUUUCAGCAGAUGAGUCGGGAUUAUGAGGUGGAGCUGGAGACGGAGCUGAAACAAUGUGAGGCGCGAAACCGCGAGCUAACUGCCUCGAACAACCGCCUCUGCAUGGAACUGGAAAACUACAAGGAGAAGUACGAGACGCAGCACUCGGAGGCCUACAGGCAGAUCUCCACCCUGGAGGGAGACCUCUCAGAGACCACGGCCGUCAGAGACCAGCUUCACAAAUACAUCAGAGAGCUGGAGCAGGCCAACGACGACCUGGAGAGGACCAAGAGGGCGACCAUCAUGUCCCUGGAGGACUUUGAGCAGAGGAUGAACCAGGUCAUAGAGAGGAACGCCUUCCUGGAGAGCGAGCUGGACGAGAAGGAGAACCUCCUGGAGUCGGUGCAGAGGCUGAAGGACGAGGCCAGAGACCUGAGACAGGAGCUGGCUGUGAAGCAGAAGCAGCAGGUUCAGGACAGAAAGCCGUCGCUCACAGGCGGUGCACUCAAAGAGCCUUCAGCAUCCACCUCCUCCGCGUCAUCCUCAGCCGGUCUGCCCACCCCCCCUCUCACCCCUCCAGACAAAAGAACCGUGGACAAAACUGCGUCUUCGUGCUCUAACCAGCCCGUCCCCACUGCAGCAACUACCAUCGCUACGCCAUCCAGACCUGCAGCCUCAGCAGAGGCCUUCUGCACCCCGCCGCCCUCCAUCAGCAGAGCAGGUGAAGGCCUCUUAGGGACUCCUCUCACCACGUCGGCGAGGAUCUCUGCUCUGAACAUCGUCGGAGAGCUGCUGAGAAAAGUCGGGAACUUGGAGUCAAAGCUGGCAUCGUGUCGGGAAUACGUCAACGAGCAGACGACUAACCGCAGAGGACACGCUGGUGGACAGGGGGCGCCGUCGGGCCAGAACACCUUGUCAGAGACGCAUCCUACAAACGGCCUCUACAACAAGGGGCUGGUGAAGAGGUUAGACUUCGGAGCGGGAUCCAAACUGCUGCUGUGAAAAGUGAAAAAAAGAAAAGAAAAACGUCCUAAACCUCCAUCCUGAAUCCUCGAUUGCACGCUGUCCAAUCCCCUGCCUGGAUCUCCUUUACGUGUGACGGUACAGUGUGUGUGUUUGCACAUCAAACAGGCAGCUCUCACUACGAGCUGCGCUGAUGAAACUGAUGGAAACGUUACUGAGAAGACUUCGGGGAUGUCUGAUUCAAGCACAGAGUUUCUGAACGAUUUAAAAGAAAACAAAAGAAAACAGACUUCUUUCAGCACUCGCACUUAGCUUGAACUAACCUUCUGGACUUGUGCUGUUUGUCACCACCGCACCUGCUUUGUUUGAUGUUUUUUGUGUGUGUGUUGUUGCUCUAACGGUGGGUUAAGACUGAAUUUGAAGCACAUUUUAUCGAUUUAACGACAACACAAACAGUGAAGGAAAAGACUUGACGACUUGAUGUGCAUGUGUUGCUUUUGUAACGGCAUGAGAGAGAGAAACUACAAACAUGGGUUACACAGCUUUCCACUGCGGAAGACUUAGAAGUCCUGUCUCCUUUCUAACAGUGUUGAGCUGUCAGUUUAAAACUCUUCUUCUCGUCUGUGUUGUCAUCCAAACUGCUCUGCGAGUAGCAUCAUGAGUUCUUCUGCUCUUUGACUGCGAUCUUUAAACACAACUGAAGGUGACGUCUAACAGCCGGAGAGAAGAGGGAACAUUUAGAUAAAGAUAUU